CUUGGAUUAGGCUUCUUAGUGGAAAGAGACAGUGGACUGGAAACAAAAUUAUUACGAUAUGUUAACGAAGAUGUUACGAGUGAUUACGAAAAUAAAUCGAUUCAAUAGUGGUCGUGCAUUUUGAUUGGCUGCUUAUGUAUGCGAGAGCAGCAAAAGGCAAUAAAGCGCCAUUCUUGAAUUUUCUGUUCUACUGACCCUUGUAAAAACACGAUCAUUUUCCAAGCCUCGUCAGUUCAAGUUUGACACAACAUGGCUUCGGUUACUUCAAUACGCUCUUGUGUUGAUCAAGAGAAUUCACAACAAGCUUUAAGAGUAAAGAAUGGAGUGCAAGCAAGAAGUUUUGGACAAGUGAAAUCCUUUAAUUCAACGGGUAAUAAUGCUCCUCUUGCUACACCACGGCGUGCCCUUGGGGAUGUUGGCAACACUUUAAUGACUCCAGGAAAUGUGACUAAAAAAUCCUCUUUGCUUAAGCCUAGCCAUCAAAAUAAUCUUUUGCAAUCAAAAACUCCUGGUGCUAAAAAGAUGACUCAUAGUACCCCCCAUGGUAAAGCGUUGUCUAAGCAGAUCGGUUCGUUAUCGCUAAAGCAAAACAAGAAACAAGCCUUUAAAGUCAGAGGUGACGUAUCAACAAGUGACAAGAGCUCAGCUCUCGUGGAGAAAAAUUAUUUCAAAAAAGAAAAUAUGGUUCCAUUCACCGACGAAGAAGGACCACUCCCCAGAGGCCCAGCAAUUGACACUAUAUUGAAGAAUGUCAGCCAGCUAUACAGGGGAUGUCUACAACCUGUAACUAACCCAGGAGUCAGCCUUGAAAGUGAUGUUCUGAAAACAGGAGAUGAUGCAUAUACAAGACCAGAAACAGAUUUAUUUUUUAAUUGGUUUGAAUUUGCUAAUGACCUGAGCGAUCUCACAAGUAAUGUUCCAAGCAGUUCUAUGGAGAAUGUAGAAUUACCACCUAUAGACACUGAUUUGUCUGGUCUUGGAUUGCCAUAGUUCUGCAAUUGUUUUUAUAAGGAUUUAUUGUGCAAAUUGUAUAAAAUAUGUUAUUGAAACUAAUCAUCAAGAAGGCUUGAAAGGAUUUUCCUUAACAUGCUAUUGCAAAGACCCUUUCAAUGGCUUCAAAUAUGUUAUCUAUUUUAAUGUACUAUUAUUGUAGCAUUGACAUAUAUUAUGAUCAUUAUAUUUAGCAAGUCAUCUGAAGUUCUGGCUAUUUAUCUGACUUGCGUAUUAUCAUUAAAAUUUGCAAAACUGUUUAGAAAAGUUCCUGAGUAUUCAAUGUUGUCAUUACAACACUUCAUAUUACA